AUGGAUAGGCAAAUUAAGGAAGCCAAGGACGCUAAAAAUUCUGUUCAUCCUAAAACUCAAAUUCCAAUAACUGAACUUGAAAAACAAAAACAACGCUGCCAAAAUAACCACACUUAUUACCGUGACGGUUCCAAGCAGAAAGCGUAUGAGGACAUUGAAGAGCGUCAGAAACAACUUGAAGAUCUUAAAAGUAAGCUUACUAAAUUCACUGAAGAACUCAAUAAAGACGGUAAUAAUAAUAUUUUAACGCAUUUAUGUGACGGCCUUCAGACUUUCCUAGGCUUCGACUCUGACACUAAAGGCUACACUGGCCAGGGGAUUGUGUACUCAGACCUGGAUAGGCUGUGUGACGCGGUGAUGGGAUUUUUGAGUGGCGUGCUUAAGGAUGUCAGCGAGAAACAGCCUUACAAAGUAGGCAAAGAUAUACUUGAAAACAUUGUUACUGACUUUGAAUCCAAAUUAUCCACCGGGCGUAAGGGUUUUGAGGUCAUUGAGACGGUGGCGCAGAGGGUGCGGGAGUAUAAUGAUACAGUAAGUGAAAGAAGCAGUGAGGUCAGAAAAAAGAUAACAGAUUUAGAUGAUGAAAUGACAACAAUACAAGAUCAAAUUAAGAAAACAUAUCCUACCAAAGAGGAAAAAGAUGCUGAACCUCUUGCAGACAAAAUUGAGAAAUCUAAAAUUGAAGUGACUGAGAUGGUAGAAAAAUGUAAAAAGCUUGCCAAAACAUUUAAAGCAGACUUAUUUAAUCUGAAAGAUAAAAUCAAAGAUUUAGGCCAUGAAGCAAACGAACAAAUUAAUAAAGCCAGAGACAAUGUGGAGCGUGAAGGUCAGCGUCUUGGCAGAGUGCAGAAGAAUGAGAAAGAACAGUACGAGGAGAUGGAGACGAAAAUUACAAGUGUUCUGUUAGUCGUAAAAGAUAAGUUGAAUCAGGAGAUUAGGAGCCAGGUGAAUGGACUUAUCAGUCUACUAAAUGAGAAGGUCAAAAACAUUUUGAAGGAGUGUAGGCAUAUUUGUCGUACGCUUGAAAAUUAUCUUCUGGAUCUGGAUAAGUGGAUGGAGACGGCCAAAACGUUCAUUGAUAAUGUAAUCGAAAAACAGGUGGGAGCAAUAAAAAAAGAAGUUGAUGAAGCCGCAAAAGAUAGAAAGCCGAACCACAAGAAAAAUCUGGACACAUCAAUCAGCGAACUGGAAGCUGGAUUGAAGCAGAGAGUCACAGAGUUGGAUACAUGGAAUAAGGCUGCAGGGAGCGCUGUUAGCGCGGCGAAGGAGAAGUGUAAGACAAUUGGUGAUAUGGUGGAGACUAAAAGUGCAGGUAGUGACAAAAUUCAUGGGCUAGCGAAAACGAUGCAGGAAAAGGCUGAUAAGCUCAGGGAGGCGGCGAAGGAAGUUAAGAAGGAGAUUGGUCAGUGGGUUAAAGCAGCGCUUACGCAGGUGAAAGAGAUGGAUGGAAAACUUAAGCAUGAUCUGGGUAAAUUAAAAGAACAAAUUAAUCAAAAGAUUGGGGAUUAUGUUAGGGGUUAUAUUAAAGAAGUUAGAAGUAAAGUUAAGAGUAUCGAGGGGGAUACACGAAAUCCGAAAUCAGGUCUUUGGGGCGUUAAACAAAAAGUUAAAGAUUAUGCAGAAACUUAUAAGAAAUUUUACCAAAAGAAUACAGGAAUGGUGUAUCAGUGGAUUGAACAGAUUUUGGAAAGCGGGGCGGUUGAUUCGUAUCUAACACAUUAUGGUACUACGGAGCGACAAAAUGCAAAAAACAAGGUGAAGGAAAAGAUUGCGGAGGUUGCUGAGACAGAGGUUGAUACACAGCCCAAAGCAGAGGGAAACGUGAAAGCUACUCUGAAUAACAUUAAAGAUUUUCUUACUAAUUUCGCUGAGCGAGUCAAGAUUAAACUAGCAGGUGGUGAGUUCACUAAAUUUGUUGAUUCCGUGAGGAAGGAUACUGGCAUUGUUAUGUCCGAAAAAUCGCAUCUCGAAGCUGCGGUCAAAAUUAUACUGCGGCUAGUCGCCACUGCUGCUUCGAAGCUUGCCAAUGAAAUUAAUGAAUUGGCGUUGAAGCAGGAUAAGGAUAGCCUUGGUCAAUACUUGGAUGACGCUCUUGAUGUUGCGGGGACGCUUGAGCAGAAUCUAGGUGAUGCAUUUCAGUCGACAAACGAUCAUGUCGGAAAUGUCACCUCACCUGCUUUAAACGAUAAUAUUCCGAAGCUGAUCAUUGCGAUAUUGAAUGGAGAGUUACCUGCCGCUAAAGGUGACAAGGUAGGAGAACAGGUUACGCUGAAAAAUGUUAAGGGGUUUUCACAAUAUAACGCCUACAUCAAUCAACAAAAUUUAAACCUCACCGAUCCUAGAGCCGCUCUAACCGGUGUGGACGAUGACACCGAGGGCACCCUCCCCGCGGCGAUCGGUGAUAUUGAGAGGCAGGUGACGAGUAAGCUUACUGCUGGUGACCUCGCAUCAGAAAUAGAUAAAUCGACCACUUUCCAAUCCCCCUUCGACCAAAUCACCACGAAACUAAAAGAAAUCGCCGGGCUGGUUGACAGCGCUACAAAAACAACCACGAAAGUGCAAGGCGGUCAAGAUUCAAACGACGGCAUCCAACAAUACUUAGGUGCGCUUGAUGAAAUGCGUACCGGUGGAGGUACUGUCAACCUCACCGCAAAGGGCUUGGAAAGUCACGCCCCCGUCAAAGGCCUCGAGACGAUCAAAAAUGAUAUUGGCCUGCUGCAAACCAAGAACAUUGAGAAUGUGAAACACAACCUCAAUGAGCUCUGCGCAGCGGUGAGAUGGGCAGCCAACGAGGUCAACUGGUUUAUGAGGGAGAUGAAAAAAGGGCAGAUUGAUGAGAAACUGGCUGGGAUCAGGAAACAAAUCGACGACCUACGUGUCAAGGAGAUACAGGGUACUAUCACCCUAUGCACUGACUUUCUUCAAAAAGCCACUGAAUCAGGACAAGUUACAAUCAAGGCACUUGAAAAAUAUGUCGAUGAACAAGUUGCCGACGCCAUUAAAACACUCACCACCCAGGCCAAAAAGCACUACGUCUCCACCCUCAAGACUGAGCUGCAAAACUUCACCGCCAGAGUUCAGGGCCACUUGACGGGACUGACGACGCUGAUCGACAAGGAUCUGACCAUUGGUUACAAGGGGCUGAUGAAGACUGUGCAGGGGGUUAAGUUUAUUGUUGAACACAAAAAGGAAGCUGAGUUCUACACGUCGGGAGGUACUAAGCUGUUUGAUGCAAUUAAGAACGCUGUACCUCCGCCACCCGAGCAAGAGAGGCCAACCAAGGAACAUUUCAAGGCCUUAGUAGAUGCCUUCGAGCAUUACUUCAACAAUAUCCACGGCUACGUCAAGGAAGAGAUUUCGAGGCUGGACAAGCAGUACAAACAAACGCUUAAUUACCAGCUAACACACACUGAAUCGAAAUACCUUGAGAAGCUCUACACCUCCAGGCUCAACGCUGCACAUACCGCGAUCAACAACCUACUUGAUCACAUUAAUACAAGCCACCGCUAUAACCACGAACUCCCCGCCUUGCUUGACAGUCUCUCCUCCGCAACUGCCACCCUCGCUCCCGAAUCCUUUGCCAGGACCACGACCCCCCUGCUUGACGGUAUCGGCAAGGGUGUUGAAGGAUUUGUUAGUGAACUUGAAAAGGCCUACAAUAAUAGAUAUGAUGGAGGCUCCGAUGGCAUAAUAUUAGUCGACGCAAGAACUACGAAAGUUACGGAUGAUGGCAAAAAGUGCGCUAAAGUGUGCCUCAACGUACUAUCCAUCUUGUAUACGGAGUUAAACACAUUGGUGAAGCAUUGCCAGUCGUCAUCCAGAAGUGAACAAAUUAAUAAAUUGACCAAUGUAGGCAAGUUCUUCCUUGACCAAGGCUACGAUGUUUCCGACGAUGGCGAGCAGAAUGGUGAAUUGCAAGACGACAAGAGGAUGACAGUGUUCUUCAUCUACAAACGUCUUUUCGGAUAUGAUGACAAUCACAUCUACAAAAAAGAUAGAUUCAACCAAGAAAUCGGCCCGCUUAAAACUUUACACGACUGCCUCCAAACAUAUUACCAAGUCGGCCACGUUGCCACUUCAUCCUCCAAAAAAACACCAUGUAGCAUAUUCGAGAUGCUAUGUUGGCUAUCUGGCCUGCCGUGCAAUACGGUUUACACGGAGUUGUGGCGUGAUGCUGUGAGUGACCUGUUUGUCGAUCCAAAGAAGCAGACGACGGAAGAUGAUAUAAGCAUGUCGUUUGUCAGCGACGAACCCCUGCCGGCGUAUCCCACCUCAAUCGAAUGUGAUGCUGCACAGCGAGCAGUGAAGCGCCUAUGCUCAAGGUCGUACGACGUUCUGAUCAAAAUAGUAGGUUACGGCAACGAACACACGACAUACGCCGUCGACUACUGCGACAACAGUCUGCGUCUAUCUUACCCAUCCGAUCCGUCACAGUGCCUUGAACUAUUGCUGGACAUCCUACGCAGAUUGUUACCGGUGUUCAGAUUCUUGCAUAGCCAGUGCAAGCUGGAAACUAAACACUACGGUUGGUCGAAUUGCCUGUACGGCAAGGAUAUCUUGACCGGUAAAUCGCAUUGUGAUAAGCAUCCAGAUGACAAGCAAACCGACUGCCUGCCCAGAUCACCGCUUCAAUCGUACCUUAGUGAUACGUUACCCGGCCACUUACCUCACAACCUAACUACCAUGGGAUGCAAAUCCGUAUGCAGCAACUGCCCCAAGGGCCUGCCUGGACAGCCGUGUCUGACACCACUUGGCUUCAGAGGUUUCUCUGGAAGUACGAAGCAAGGCAAAGAGCUAUGCAAAGUGCUGACCAAAUUCUUAGACAAUUCGAAUAUUAACACGCUGUUCGGUCUGUUGCCUAAGCCGCCAUCUACGUUGCCCGAACACUUCCAAUUUGCGUUGUCGUUGGCCAAUAUGCUAAAGAAUGACGGCUCUCGUACAAAUGACGUCAAAACAGCCUUCGACAAAUCAAUCAACGAGGUGUCCAUCGACCUGCAUAAAAACUCAAGCAAAUUAACAAGUGCGCUACGUAAUGUGUAUCUGAAUGACCACAGCCAUGAAGGCAAUGCGCAUCACAAAGCUAACGAAGCCGAUCUGUACACGCUCUCAAAAACAACGUCGUGUAUUCAACCAAACGAUAUGAAUAUUCACUGCGGUCCCUAUCUCUCGUCUACAUGUUUCGAUACAUACAACUAUCUCGCAGAAAAACAUUCCGAUCUGUAUCUCUCGUGGGCUGUGUAUCUACCGUGGACUUUCUAUAACUACCUGAAAUCAUUACUUGACGCCUUCCAACAAAUUGAUUGUGUUAACUUUGGAUGUACCAGAUGUCAUUGUAAACCAGGUGGCCACGGUAAAGAAUACAACUGUAAGUGCAACGCCUUAGUAACUUGUCGCGGCGUUAUUAGUACAUUCUACAGUUACGGAUUCACAUUUGGUAGCGCUAGCCAAUUGAUGCACACUGACAGCAGACGCUACUGCCGAAACUUCUACAACCAAAUCUGUAACGUACUGAAAUCGCAACACUUCACCAAAUUAUUUGAGGAAUGUGACAACUUCAUUUGGACCAUCAGAGAACCGUUCACCUACCUAGUGCUGGCUCUCUGGUCACUCUCCCUCUUCUACCUCAUCUGCGUGAUGAUUGGCAGACUGGAUGUGCUCCACAUCAGGUCACACCUGAGGAUACCGUCAUCGCACAAGAUAACAGCGCAGUCACUGUUGGCUGCAGCGCAAGUCGGAAGGCUUGCCAAGAUAUCGUAUCUACAACCGUGA